GGGGUGGGGAGCCCCGGGUCCCCCCGCUGCCCCUCCGGGAGCCAGGGGGUCUGGGUCUGAGCGGCUGCCGCCCCGCAGAUGGAGCGCGUGGUGCUGGGUAUGCAGGACCCCGACAUGGGCAUCAAGCUGCGCAGUCAACGCCUCCUGCUCACGGUCAUCCCGCACGCCAUGACCGGUGAGUGAGUCUCCCCCGAGGGGGCGCCCCACAGCGCGCCCCGCCGCCCCUCCGGCCCCUCUUCGCCUUCCCGGCAGCGGCGCCUCCCGCGGGGAUCUCGGCGGCUGCGCAAAGCUGCCUCGGGAUGGAUGGAUGGGCAGGGAGGGCCGGUCGGAGCCCCGCCGGGGCGCCCCAGCAAUGACGGGGCCGGUGGGGGCGGGCGGCGCCGGGCUCCCCGCUGACCUGGGGGCUCCCUCUCCCCGCAGGAUACGACAUCGUGGAGUGGCUCCUGCAGAAAUACGGCCUCUCGGAAGAGGGUGAGUCGCCGCUGCGCAAAGCCUCUGCCUGGCCCCGCGGAGCUGCUCGAGGGCGCGGCUGCGGGCGGGCUGAUGUGCCGGGGGGCGGGCAGGGGGCGGCCGGGCGGGGGGCUGCUCACGACCCUCGUCCUUCCCGCAGAGUCCCUGCACCUGGGCAAGCUGAUCGUGAAGCACGGCUACAUCUACCCGCUGAAGGAGCCGCGCAGCCUCGCCCUGCGCGUCGACGAGACGCCCUACCGCUUCCAGGUGGGUCGGCCAGCAUCUCUGGGGAGGGAGGAGAAGGAGGAGGCGGUCCUUCUCUCAGGCUCCGCGAAGCCUGGGGGGCGCAGAGUCGCCGUCUGCAUCGGGCAGCCCCCUGCCAGGAGGGCCCUGGGGGUGGAGCAGCGCCGCCUCUGCAGGCCAAAGGGGCUUGGCUGCCUCUUGCCCCGCUCCCCCCAGUCAGGCAGGGCCGGGUUAAGAUCUCUAGAGGCCCUAAGCGCUUGGAAAUUUGGGUGCCCCCAUAGAUAUCUAAUUCAAAAUAUAAACUAUAAUAAACUGCAGAAUAGAUCUUUGUUUUUCGAAAUGAAACAAAACCUACAGUCAGAUAGAGAAUAAUAUUUAUUUUUACAUACUUUAUUUACAUUUUUUUUGGGGGGGGGAGGGAAUCCCAUACUUUUUCUAACUGCAAAGUCCAUGGUAAAUCCGGCAGUGGGAGAUGUCUGUGGUGCCCUCUUUCGUUUAUGCCCUUGGCAGGUGCUGCUUUCCGUCCAUAGUUAAUCCGGCUUCUCUCUCUGCGCUCCACAGACCCCCUAUUUCUGGAUGAGCACCAAGUGGCCAGUGACCGACCUGGAUUAUGGUGAGAGCCACUUCUCUGCCCCCCAAGAGCCAAGGGAGUCCCAGGAGACCUCUGGGCAGCUUGACCCCAGGCAGUGGGGGAACCCCCAACCAGGUUCCCUGGCCAGUGACAGACCCUCCCUUUUCCAGCCAUCUACCUGGCCAAGAAGAACAUCCGUAAGCAGGGGGAGCUCAUUGAGCAUGAGAAGGUAAGGGGAGGGGGCAUGGUGGGUGGGGGCAGGGGGGAGGGGGGAGUGCAGCCCCCUCUUCAUGCUUCCUGGCUCCCCUCUUCUGGAAUGACGGUAUCCCUUGCAGGAAGAUUACAACCAGCUGCACAAAAGGAUCAACCACACCUGGGACUUUGUCGUUAUGCAGGCCAGAGAGCAGCUCCGGUGAGUUUGUGGGGGGCAGGAGGAGGUGGCAGCCAUGUGGGGUGUGGGGCUGGGAAGCCAGAGGCCCUGAAGCGCUGUCCCUCCUUCCUCUUGACCCCCAGGGCAGCCAAGCAGCGGCGGAAAGGCGACCGGAUCGUCAUCGAGUGCCAGGAACAGGCCUACUGGCUCGUCAACAGGCCCCCGGUGAGGCGCGGAAGGGGAGGCACCUAGCCUGGGAGAGGCUGCUGCCCUUGCAGGAGGCUGCCAGCCCCACUGUUCUCCUAACUUGCAGGGGCACAUGGGGGCAGGGGCUGUGUGCUGCUGUCAGCCAGCCACGCCCACCAGCCCCAGCUUCAUGGCUGAGCCAGGAUUUGAACUCGCAUCCCUCCACUACCAGUCCAGCUCUCAGAAGGACACCAGAAGAGGCCUGUAGCCGGACUGCACCAAAGGCCCUUCUAGGCCUGGCAGAUGCCUCCUAAGAAGGCCACAAGCGCAGAGCCGUCUCUCCCAUAGGGCUUAGUGGUGCAUCGCGCCAGGGUGGCACCAGGCUCUCAGGGGCACCCCAGCAAGUGGGGGAGCUGCGUGGCUUUGCUGGCGGCCUCCCCUUCCCCUGCAUGCCCGCCAGCUGCGCCCUGCCAACCAUAUGCCCGGCGGGCGUGCAGCUUGCCUCCCAAGCCUCUGCAGGGAUUGCUCUCCUGCAGCGGCAUGGGGGAGAGUUCUGCCCCCCAAUGGCUGGCAGUGCGCAGCUACGGCCACCCCAACACUAUCCAUGGUAAUUUGGGGGCGCUGGGCAGAUAUUUGCACCCUGGUGCCGCAUCUGCUAAAGACCGCCCUGCACAAGUGGGGCAUGAGCUGAACAGCGUGACCCCUAGCAACUGGUGUUUAGGGGCAGACUGCCCAUGAACAGGGAGGCUUUGUAUGGCUUUUUGGGAUGCAGGUGGCACAGUGGUCUAAACCACUGAGCCUCUUGGGCUUGCUGGUUGGCAGUUCGAAUCCCCAUGACCGGGUGAGUUCCCAUUGCUCUGUCCCAGCUCCUGCCCACCUAGCAGUUUAAAAACACACCAGUGCAAGUAGAUAAAUAGGUACCAUUGCGGCGGGAAGGUAAAUGGUGUUUCCGUGCGCUCUGGAUUCCGUCACGGUGUCCCAUUGCGCCAGAAGCGGUUUAGUCCUGGUGGCCACAUGACCCGGAAAGCUGUCUGUGGACAAACGCUGGCUGCCUCAGCCUGAAAGUGAGAUGAGCCCUGCACCCCAGAGUCGCCUUUGACGGGACCUAACCAUCCAGGGGUCCUUGACCUAUAUGGCUGUUACUGCUAAUAGGUAUCACACGAGCUUCUUGGCUCCCUUUCCCAGCCAUCUCAGCUGCUGCCCCCCACUGCCCUGUUCUUCCAGCCAGAGUGGCAUUGCAGAGGGGAUGGCGUGGGCAUCUCCUGGGCAGUGAGCUCCUCCUCCUGCGCUGGCCUCCCUUGCCCACGGGCAGCUGGGUCCAGAGCAGAGGAGGCCCCUGAGGCCCCUCCUUGACCCCUCUCGCCCCGGGAGGCAGGCCAAGGGUUUAUCCUGCACCCCAGGGUGCCUCCAGGUUGGCGGCAGAGCGGGAACUUGGAGCCCCGCUUGCCUGGGCGCAGGGUGGGCAUCCCGCUCUGGGAGGGAAGGGUAAAAUCCAGCCUCUCUUGCUUGCAGCCUGGCAGCCUGAACGUGAUGGAGGAAGGGCCGGAGAGGAGGAACUGCCAGAGCACCCGAGUCCAGCUGGUGAGUGCAGGAGGGGGGUGGUGGCAGAUCUGGGGGGCAGUGGGGAGAGAUGGCCACACUGCUGGGCCACCCUUGCCCUGGGCUCUGUGCCCCAGACCUCCCUGGGCAGCUGCUGCAGCUGCAUCAGAGCCUCUGGCAUGGCCUGCUGGCUCCCAGCGAUGCCCCCAGCACCUGCCUCUUGUUCACCCAUGCUGGGGGGCACCCUCUGUGCCAGCCUUACCACCUGCUUUCUCCUGGUGGUAGAGCGAUGCCUGCCUCUGGCUUCCUUGCAAAGGGCUCUCUCUGUUCCCUGCUCCUCCAUUGCAGUGGGUGAGUUGGCCGGCCCAGGGUGGGGCUGGCAACCCCCACCUGCGCCUGGCCCCACUGUGGGUUCCCCUUUGGUGAGGACAUGCCUCUGUGUUGACUUUCCUCUUUCUGGAAGGUGCCUGUCGCCCUGGCUCCUUUUGCCCCCUCGGCAGCCCCCCCCCCGGGCGUUGCAGAUUAGAAUAUUAAUAUAAUUAUUCAUACUUCACCUUUUCCCCUAAUGGGACUCAAGGCGGUUCACAGAUAUGAAUAAGAACUGCUAUAAACCUGGCCGGGGGGCAGGGGGUGGGCAGGAAUUGUUAAAAAACAAUUAAACAUUGAUAGAAGUAAAACAGUAUACUGUACGGCUCGAAUAUAAGUCACACCUGAAUAUAAGUCACACCUUUAAAAUUCAAGGGGAAAAAAGAAAAAUGCCGCUCCCUUAAAAUUCCACAGGCGCUCAAACCCGUUCCCUUUUACCGUUUGUCUGUCUCAGCAGCGAUCUCACAAAAAAAGCCAGUUUUUGUAUGGCCAUGAAUUUAAGCCGCACUGUUAACUUUUCGUGGUUGGAAUUUGGAAAAAAAAAGUGCAGAAUGUAAAUGAAAUUGAUGGUAACUGCAGCCAGAAAGGUUAUAGUGAGUAAUUGGAAAAAUGCACAAGAGUUAGGGGUGAACCAAUGGAGGAAAAAACUGAAUAAUAUCGUAAUUUUAGAAUAUCUAACGGUGAAGAUACACAGAAUGAAAGGGUUUAAGGUCAGUGUGAAAGAGGAGGAUUGGUUUGAGAAGAUUAUUUGGGUAGGUUUGAACAAUUUGGGGCAAUUAAAAUGUUAAAUGUUAAAUGUUGUUGUUAGCCGCCCUGAGCCCAGCUUCGGCUGGGGAGGGCAGGAUAUAAAUAAAAUUUAUUAUUAUUUAUUAUUAUUAAAAGUUAGAUAAACCUUGUGGAUGGAGGAGUGUUAACGUAUAUAAAAUUGUACAUAUCGUUGAUUUGAAUAUGUUAUUAUUGAUUAUGUAUACCCAAUGUACCAACCGCCUGGGGGGUUUCACUGUUUGUGUUUUGGUUGUUGGUAAAAAAUAAAAAAAUUAAACUAUAUAUAUAUAUAUAUAUAUAUAUAUAUAUAUAUAUGGGCCGAUAUGGUACAUAUAAUAAAUUCUAUGGAAACCCUGCAAAUAAUGGCAAUAGCAGCAGCCAGCACCAGCCUCUUCCUCAAAAGCAGACAGUUCCCCCAAACCUGAGGGAGCAAGGAGGACAGUGAGGAGGGAGCCAGCUGGGCUUCCCUAGGCAGAGAGUUCCAAAGUUGCCUGGGAGGAGCCACCACCGAGAAGGCCCUCCUUGCAUCCCCACCAAGAAGGGCUGCAAAGGGGGGGAACGAUGACGACUGAGGGAAGGGCCUCCCCCUUUGUGUACGGACUGCUCCCCUCGUACGUGUGAUGGGAGGGGGGGGUCAGGGCUGCGUCCGUCUCUCUGUCUCACAUUGCUCUGUCUGCCUGUGCUCCCCCUCCCUCCUGACCACUGGGGUCUGUUUUCUUCUCUUCUGUCUGCCGCUUUGUCCGUCUGUCCGUCCACGUAAGUCACUAACACGGCCAUGUAACUAACCCGCUGUUUGCCGCUGGGAUGGGGGGGGCGGCUCGGCUUGCUGGUGGGUGGGAAGGGUCCCUUAGCCCCAUGCUUCCUUUUGAGUGGGUGGGAGGAGGGGGGCCCCCCAUCGGGAGAGGUCUGAGCCUGGUGCUUUGCCCUCUUGCUUCAACUCUGGGCAUCUCUGGUUAAAGGGAGUUUGGGGGCAGGGGAGGGAAAAGCCAGUGGGGGGGGGGGGAAGCAGCAACCCAGGAGUCUGACCCUCUCUGAGAAGAUGAGGGGGGCAGCGAGGCAAAGGCGGCCCCUGAGAUUUGCUCACCUCUUUCUCUUCCCUUUCCAGGAAAAGAACACGGAUUAUUACAAACGGGAGGUGAGUUUAUUUUUUUUGGGGGGAGGGGGCUGAAGGGAUACAGCAAUCACAGAAUUGUAGAGUUGGAAGGGACCCCCAGGGUCUUCUUGUCUCACCCCCUGCAAUGCAGGAAUCUCAGCUAAAGCAUCCCUGACAGACAGCCAUUCAACCUCUGCUUAAAAUCUCCAAGGAAGGAGAGUCUAACACCUUCAGAAUCCCCUUAUAACUUGAAGCCAUUCUUUGGGGUCCUACCCUCCAGAGCAGGAGACAAGAAGCUGGCUCCGUCUUCCAGAGGACAGUAGUAGUAGUAAUAGUAGUAGUAGUAGUAGUAGUAGUAGUAGUAGUAGUAGUAGUAAUAAUAAUAAUAAUAAUAAUAAUAAUAAUAAAUAAAUUUAUUCUUUAACCCCACCCAUCUGGCUGGGUUUCCACAGCCACUUUGGGCGGCUCCCAACAGAAUAUUCAAAAUAGAAUCAAACAUUAAAAUCUUCCCUAAACAGGGCUGCCUUCAGAUGUCUUCUGAAAGUCAGAUAGUUGUUUAUUUCCUUGCCAUCUGAUGGGAGGGCGUUCCACAGGGCGGGUGCCACCACUGAGAAGGCCCUCUGCCUGGUUCCCUGUAACCUCACUUCUCGCAGGGAGGGAACCGCCAGAAGGCCCUCGGAUCUGGACCUCAGGCUGAACGAUGGGGGUGGAGAUGCCAUGUUCCAGACUCGGUCUGGGGAACAUGGGAGGGUUUUGUUUCCUUCCUAGUUUGCCCAGUCGGGCCUGCGGCUCCUUCUGGGGGUCGGGGGGAGACCCUCCUUACCUCUUGAAGGGUUAAUGUGGGAGGCAGGUGGGCCAAGCUCUUGGUGGGCCAAGAGCAACGCAGGUCAAGAUCAGGAGGUGCCCUUGAGGCUGCUGCUGAGAUGUCUUGAGCCAGUUGGAGUGGGUGGGUGGGAGUGGGUUGCAGGCAGCUCCUUGACCCCCCCCCGUUCUCUUGGACGCAGAUCCGCUACUGCCGCGCCGCCAUGGGCAGGACAAGGGUCAAGUCUUCUGUCUGCCUGGAAGGGUGAGUGGCAGCGCCAGGGCUGCCAGCUGGCCAGGGGCUUCCAGGGGCUUCCAGGGGCAGGUGGGGCUCACCUGGGGCUCUGCAGGUGGAACAACAACGGGCCCAGGUGGUGGCACCCACAGGUCACUUUCCCCCAGGAGGACGAGGAACCAGGAAGGAGCAAUCUUUGGGUUCCUUCAGCGAACCAGCCACAAAUCCACCUCACAGUUGCCUCGUCCUGCCCACAUCUUGCCAGUUGCGGUUCCAGUCCUUGCUGCACCUGGCAGCAAAGAAGGCCCCCACCGACUCCCCACCCCCCACCUCCUGCUGCCUCCGCAGGUACCUCAAGUUCAACGAGCAAUACGUGCCGCACGAUCCCAUCAUGUCCGGCUGCCUCCCCAGUAAUCCCUGGAUCACAGAUGACACCACCUACUGGGCCAUGAACGCCCCCACGUAAGUGCAUCGCCCCAAUUGGUGGAGGUGCCCCAGAUGCCUGCCCGGCCCCCUCACUGCCAGCGUCUGUGCUAGCCCCCCCUUGCCUGCCUUCCCUCCACCUCUCUCUUUGGGGAAAGGCCCCUUGGCUUUCAGGGGUCCCUCUGGGCUUGCAUUACACCCUGACCCCCACCCCGCUUGCCUGCAGGGUGACAGCCCCCACCAAGCUGCGAGUGGAGCGCUGGAGCUUUGGCUUCAGUGAGCUGAUCGGGGACAGCCUGGGCCGGGUGCAGCUCCUGGAGUUCCUCAAGAAGGAGUUCAGUGGUAGGUCCAGCUUUAAUAAUAAUAAUAAUAACAAUAGAUUUAUUUAUACCCCUCCCAUCUGGAUGGGUUUUCCCAGCCCCUCUGGGAGGCUUCCAACAAAAUAUUAAAAAUACAAUAAAACAUCAGACAUUAAAAACUUCUCUAAACAGGACUGCCUUCAGAUGUCUUCUAAAAGUCAGAUAGUUGUUUAUUUCUUUGACAUCUGAUGGGCAGCGCCACCACCAAGAAGGCCCUCUGCCCAGUUCCCUGUAACUUGGCUUCUUGCAGCGAGGGAACUGCCAGAAAGCCCUCUGCACUGGACCUCAGUAUCCGGGCAGAACAAUGGGGGUGGAGAUGCUCCUUCAGGUAUAUAGGGCCGAGGCCAUUUAGGGCUUUCAAGGUCAACACCAACACAUUGAUUUCUGCUCGGAAAUGUAUUUUUGCUUCUGGGGAGCGCAAGAGCAAGUUGCCCCCCAUCGUCCUUUCCCCCGGGGCCCUCCAUGCUGCCGCCUUUUCAGCUUCUUCUAACUCUCUCCUCUUCCUCUCCUGCUUCUCCAGCCGAGAACCUGAGCUUCUGGGAGGCCUGCGAAGAGCUGCGCUACGGAGAGCAGGCCCGGAUUGAGGAGAUUGUGGACUCCAUCUACCAGUAAGCGCCUUGCUCUCCUCCCCUCGCUGGCUCCCACAGGCCUGGCCUGCAUGGCCGGCCCAAGGCGUUUUGCUGCCCGAAGCCGAGGGCGAGAAGCAGCCUCCUCCCCGUCCCGUUCCAUCCGUGAAAUCUCUGCGGACCCUCGGAUCUUGUUUCUGCCUUCUCUGCUGCACCCCAAAAGGCAGCGGCUGAGUUUAGCAGGUGCAGGACGGGUUGCAAAGCACUCACCCACCCAGAGCUCCCUGCGCUUGCUGGUCUUCAAUCUUGGCCGCCCGAGGUAUCUGCCUCAUGGUAGGGCCCAGUGGCGUAGCGUGGCGGGUGCAGGGGGGGCCGGCCGCACCGGGCGCAACAUCGGGGGGGGCACUCGCACUCGCAGCUCUCUGCCCCUACCUGGCUCACUCACUCUCUCUCACUGCAGUGCUGGCUGUGCGAAUCCGAUCCGAGUCGCCAGGUCGCCGCCCACUGUGGAGGUGCCAGGCGAGUGCUAAAAUCCACGGGUUAGGGGGCGCAAAUUACUUGCCUUGCCCCGGGUGCUGACAACCCACGCUACGCCACUGGUAGGGCCGGCCCUGGGUGGCCUCUCACCUCUAGGGGGCUCCAAUGGGGCUGUUUGGCACGUCCCCAGAGCCUUCGCCUCUCCCUUCCUCCCAGCCCCAGAGGAACCUGGACCUCCAAGCCAGGCUGGGUUUCCCGGACCCCACACAGGCGUGCCCACCUGUAGUGUUCCCAAAGCAAGGAAGGAUUGGACUCUGAUUAAUAAAAUACACACGAGGCUUGACCAGCCAGACUCUGGGAGGGGUGCCAAUAAUAAUAAACCUCUCCACCCCUCAGUCCAGGUCGUUUUAUGCACAAAAGAACUUUUUAUGCAGUGUUCAUAAGAACCAAUCAGAUUUCCUCUGAGCAUUUCAAAACCCUCACGUGGGGACAAAGUUAAACCUACAAAGAAAUUAUUUCCUACUUGAGCAUGCAUAGUAGUCCAGAGUAAAGAAAAUAGGAAUAAAAGGAGGAAUGCAUUCAGCAAAACCCUGGUGGUAAUAAACAGGAGAGGCAGGAUUUACCAUCUCCUUGUGAACUCUCUUCCUGGCCCGUAAGAUAUAUCUAAAGAUUAACAAACUACAUCAAAGUAACCUAUUAACUUUAUGUACUGAGGAUGCCUGAUGAAGCAACCGGCCUGUGUGUUUAGAAUGCUUAUACUUAGAAUGUCAGGUGUAGAGAAAGCAAAUGGCAGAGAUGGGAGAGGCUUGUGGGAUUCGAUCAGAAACUAUUGUCAAUGAAUCAAACCCAGUCAAUGCAAUGCUUUUGUCGCGGACACAAUGGCUUGCUUCAUUUUUCAUGAUUCCUCAUAGCAAUCCCACCUGACCCCCCACACUCUGGAUAUUUGCACCCCUACACCCCCCCAUGCCAGGAGCUCUCUGCCCCCCGCCCAUGCCAAGGCAGCUCUUGCUCCCUCCAGGCAAUUCCUGGCCCCCGGGGCCACCCGCUGGGUGAACAUCGACAGCAAGACGAUGGAGAGGACUCUGGAAGGCAUUAAGACCCCCCACCGCUACGUCAUGGAUGACGCCCAAAUGCACAUCUACAUGCUGAUGAAGAAGGUGCGGAGCAGUCCUGGGGGUGGGUGCUCAGGGCUGGGGCUGCCUUGGCCAUCGUCGCCCCCCCAGUCACCCCACAGCUCUCCCCCUUCCCUGCUAGGACUCCUACCCUCGCUUCCUGAAGUCCGAUCUCUACAAGAACCUGCUGGCGGAGGCUGUCAUCCCACCGGAGACGAAGAAGCGGUGAGCGGAUGGGGAGGGGGCCCGCAAGUGCCCCCCACUUCAGGGAGGGUGGUGGCAUGGGGUUGUGGGGAGAUUGCCUCUCUGCAGUGUCAGACGGGACCCUUCCUCUCCCCCUGCAGGGUCUUUCCUUUCAUGCGGAAGCAGCGCCACUCCAGCCCCAGUCCUGCCCUGCCGCCCCCCCAGGGGGACCACGAGGCAAAGGCCGAAGACAAGAGCAAAGCGGGGCCGCCCGCCCCAGUGGAGGAGGGGGGUGAAGAGGAUGGCGGCACCUAGGACCCCCCCCCCCAAUUCCCCUUGCCAUCCACACACAGGUAGAAGGGUCUGCCUUUGCCCGCCCCCUAGACAAGCACUGCUGACUCGCCUGGACGUCCCUCGACUGAGGCUCAUAACUGACCUUCCUGUAUCCCCCCCCCCCCACUGGAACGAAGCCAUAUGAUGCAGGAGCCCAGCACAGACGCAUCACCUCCUCUGCCUUAUCUGCUUCUUGGAGCACUGCCCCCCCCCCGACACUGUCUUGCCUCAGGAAUUGCCCCCCUGCCUGCCUAGAGCGCCCACCUGCUCCCAGCCCCCCUCCUUCAGCUGAGCAGCGUUCCUUGCCCCCCUCCCUCCCAUGCACAACUGACUCAGGCUGUCCCUAAAACCCCAGAGGGGGAAGGCCUUGUGCGUGUGCCCCCCCCAGGGGUCCUCCGGUGGUUUGUGAGGGACGCCACGCCUGGCCAGGCCUCCAGAUGGGUCCCAGAGCAGGGUGGGGGUGUCCUUUGCUCCUACAGCUGCCCGAGGGGAGGGGGCAGCGCAAGGCCAGAAGGGCCGGGCUUUCUUCUGCUCUGCGGCCCCCCCGCACCCACUCGGCCCUCCAGAUGUCUUCCAGCACCUGUCCGGUGUGUGAAGGAGGUUGCAGCUGCUGCAAGAUGUGUUCUGCAAAGAUGGAAUCCAAUAAAAACCCGUAGGAACAGCAGAGA